GGGAACCCCCAGCUCGCGGCCCCGCCCUUCCCCGCGCUGCCCGCCCAGUCCGCGGGCGGCGGGCGGGCCUCUCGGGGUCCGGCGGAAGGGGAGAGGCGAGGGUAUCCUCCACGUGGCCCGGGUCUGCGACGGUGCGGGGGCCCAAAGUCUGAGGCCCGGUCAGAGCAAAGAACUUCUCAGAAGCCAAGCUAUGGAUCCACCUGCACGUAAGGAAAAAUCCAAAGUUAAAGAACCUGUCAGCAGAGUGGAGAAGGCUAAGCAGAAAUCAGCCCAGCAGGAGCUGAAGCAAAGACAAAGAGCAGAGAUCUAUGCCCUCAACAGAGUCAUGACGGAACUGGAGCAGCAGCAGUUUGAUGAAUUCUGUAAACAGAUGCAGCCUCCGGGAGAGUGAGCCAGCCUGUGUGCAACUGUGGGACCCUAGAGGCUUUGUCUGUGAGCUUAUUGCCAGUGUUGAGCGAAGGUGGCCCCCUUGGAGCCGUACAGACGAGCAAGAAGACAUUUAUGCAUAAAUCCGAACUUUCUUCCUAUGUAUAACUUCUGCUUCACUGGUUCCUCCACUAUGAAUUGGCCCUGGCUUGCUGAAGAGACUUGUUUUCUUCUAAGAUAAUAGAUUCUUUAAAAAUUUUUUUCUAUUGUUUGAGAAAAAUCAGUGUUUCUUGUGAAACUGUGUAUCUUCUCUAAAAAUGCAAAUAAAAUACUAAUGAAAUGUU